AUGGAUUGUACUACUGCUUUAAUAAAAAAGUUUUCUUGUGCGCGUACCAAGUGUGAAUCAAUUAUUCUGAAUGUAUUGGCUCCUUUUGCAAUGGAUCAAAUAAUAGACGAACUAAAAGCUGUUAAUUUUGCGACGGUUAUGAUUGGCACUUCAAAUCAUAAGAAUUUAAAAAUUGUCCCAAUUUUUAUUCGAUAUUUCGAUCCUAAAACGGGAGUUCAAAUAAAAGUGCUAGAAUUCACAAAUUUGAAAGGAGAAACUUCGGAUAUAUUGUCGUCAUAUAUUAUAGAAAUUUUAACAAAACAUAAAUUAUCUCACAAAAUUAUUGCAUUUACCAGUGACAACUGUAAUACUAAUUUUGGAGGUGCUGCAAGGAGGGGAACAAAAAAUGUUUUGACGAUUUUAAACAAUAAUUUAAAGACUAACAUUUCUGGAAUUGGUUGUGCAGCUCAUAUUCUGCACAACGCUAUGCAAACUAGUACAGAUAUCUUACCUAUUGAUGUCAAAUAUAUCGUUCAUAAAAUAUUUCAAUACUUUUAUAUUUAUACUGUGAGAGUGGAAGUAUUAAAAUAAUUUUGUGAUUUUACAAAUCCCAAUUCCAAAACCUACUUGGAAGGUAAAGACAAGAUGGCUAUCCUUACAACCAGCAGUCUCCAGAAUUAUUGAAAUGUAUCCAGCUUUAAAAUUGUACUUUGACACUCAGGAUAAAUGCCCAACCAUUUUAAAAUCAUUUUUUAGUGACCCCGUUGCAAUAAUAUGGUUUCAUUUUAUACAAAGUCAAUUAAAAGUAGUUUGUGACACUAUAAAAAGAAUAGAAGGGGACAACAAAUCUGCAUGUAAAGUAUCAGAAGAACUAGAAGUACUAUGCGGAAAAAUAAAAAAUAGAAAAAAACAAAACUUUUUAACUUCCAGUGUAAACUCGAUGCUUUUAGAACUAGAGACAAAAAAUAAAUACACAAAAAAAAAUUUAUAGAGCAAACUAACCAGUUUUAUGACACAUUUUUAUUGUAUAUUGAAAAGUGGGGAAAUUCAUUUGAAGAACUAAAAAUAUUUCGUUGGACACAAUUGAUAAAUUAUCCAACAUGGAAUGAUAUUCAAAAAAGUUUAAUAUUUAUUUUGCAAAAUAAUAAACAAAUCGGUUGGAAUGUGGAUGAAGAUAUUCUUUUUGAUGAAUAUAAUCAUGUAGUUAAUGUUAUAAAUGAAAAUUUAAAAGAAUGUCAGAAUAAAUAUGUUUGUGUUGAAGAAAUAUGGUGUGCUAUCUAUACAAUUUUAAAUAGUAAAAGUAUAUUGAUAAAUAAUUUUUGGAAUAUUGUAGAAUAUUCUCUAGCAAUGCCUGGAACAAAUGCUGCAAUUGAAAGAGUAUUUUCUAUCACUAAUUUGUUAUGGACGGGCGAAAAAAAUCGCUUUCUUGUUCCUACCAUCAAAUCAAUUAUACUUUUGAAAAAUCGUUUCAAAAAAUAUUCGUGUAAUGAUUUUUAUGAUUUUUUGCUUACACAACCAAAACUGUUAAACGCAAUCAGUCCAUGGCAAAAGUACAGUAACGACACAUUUGAUAAUAAAGGACAUGAUGAGCAAUUGACAUCAACCCAAUAA